AUGCUUAAAACAGAAAAGUGGAAAGAAUUUGAGCAAUUAGCUGUAUCAUUUGGGGGAGACUUAACUUCAGAAAAAUUCUAUGACAAAUUAUAUAAUUUAAGAAAUUUUAGUCAUUACGCUAAUAAUUGUGAAAACUUAAGCUCCUAUAAAAAUGGAUCAGCGGUUAAAAACGUAUGUGCAAAGAUUUUAACAUAUUUAAGUAGUAAUGAAGAAUUAAGAAGUAAUUCCAAUGUCUAUGAUGUAUGCCGACUCUUAAAUUAUUGGGUAGCCACUAACUUAAGUGCUAUUGGGGGUUAUGGUAAUUCUUCAUAUACCAUAGAUACAUUUUCGAAAAUUUCUAUUAUAUGGAAUGAAUUUAUUAUGAAUAAAUUACAGAAUAAUCAUCAUCAAACAUGUAAUCCUCGAAUAGACAUGAUUUCUCAUUCUGAUUGGAGUAAGAGGAAGGAAGUGUAUGAUUACUAUGUUGAUCAUGCUUACCUUUCUGGUAUGUCUACAAUAUUGGUAAAUCCCACCGAUUACUGUAUACAUAUUAGGAAAAAAAUUUCUUUAUAUGAUUAUUUUAACGUUAAAUGUGCUUUGGAUGAAACAGCUUUCUGCUAUGAAUUUAAAACUAAAUAUAAAAAUUGUGAUCCAAAGGAACUUUUACUUAAGUUUAACUGUGCUAAAGAAGUGGAGGAAAAGAAGUCAUUAGAAAAAAAAACAGAAAGGGAAUUACACCAGGGUGCAUCAUCAGAAAGAGGCAUGUUUCAACGUGAAAGUCAGUUACAAGAUUAUACAACAGAAGGGACACAAAAUCUUAAGGUUUUAAAGACAAUGUCUAAUAGAUUUAGCCCUUUGAAAAAAGCAGGUGGUAUACUUCUAGGAAUCGUUGCUAUAUCCAUGGCUUAUGGAUUUUUACAUAAAUUUACACCAUUAGGAAUUUGGAUACGUAAUAUAUUUGCUAAUAAAAAUAAUAAUAGAAAUAAUAUAAAUUCUGAUUUUAAUGAAGAAUUUUACUAUUCACAAAGACUAUAUGAUCAGAAUUAUAACAAUAGAGAUGAACAUUGUAUAGGUUAUCACUCCGACUAA